AUGUUUCUUCUUAGUAUGCCACCUGAUAUUUUGAAAAUGUCUGAUGAAGAAGUACGGCUGUUCAAGCGUAAAUCACUUCAGAUGGUUGAUGACAUUUUGUCAAAAAAUUCGGCAUUCACACCUAUUCAUUCAUUCUCGUCUACAUCCACAACGCUUUCAACUGAUCAACAAAUUCUAAUGAUAUCUCAGAAUGAAAAUGCUCAUGAAACCUCUCAACCCAACACAUUCCAAACUAUAAACCCAAAUAGUUCUGAAAAGUACUAUGAAGCAGUUAAUGAAGCCUUGUACGAAUGA